AUGUCUUGGGGUGCCAAAGAGUUUCUCAAAGAGCUCGACGACGUGCAGAAGCUGCUGGCCUUCGGAGCACCAGUUGCUGUGCAGGAUGGCAUGAUCCAGGCCUUGUGGAAAAAGAUCGAGGCAUGCGACACGUUGCUGCCUUCGGACUUGCUGGCCAUGCUUCAAGGCAUCAAGGACUCUGCUUUGCCCGAGAGGUCGAGCCAGUUUCUGAACGAGAAGCUGAUGAUGAAGGCAUGCUCGGCAACCCAAGCCCAGCAAGGCCACAAAGUAGCCUCGAUGCCCCAAUCUUUAACGAGCCUGCCAGCUUACCUGACCGACUCGGAACUUGCCCAGUUGAUGACGGGGGAUCCCGACCAGGCCCCCCACGUCAUGGUGAAACGCUUGAGGCUGGUGGGCCUUACUUCCUUAAAAGAAGAUACGAAAAAACAUGUCGUGUCUUUCUUGAGCCAAGUCGCUCUCUGGCACGGAUUUCCGAAGCCAACGCCAGACGAAGUCUACGAGAUGUCUGGGACGUUCUCCAAGCUCUUUCACGAUAGCGACAUCGUGUCACCUGUUGCACCCAUUAGGGUGUAUCCGGCUUUGCCGACCGAACUGGGGGCCGAUUGGAUUGCCCAAGUGUAUGGCCAGGAGAAGCCCAGCAUGAAGGUGUUGACUUCUUUGCGAGGGCUGUCUGUUGGAUGCCCAGUCAGAUCUACAAGUUCGUUGCUGAGCAGGAACAUGGCCAAGAACGUGCAGAUGGAUGACAGAGACUCAGCCCAGUUUGCAGCCUUGUUGGGCAAGCUCGUUGGUGUUGGCCAAAUUCCAGUGGACAAGUCACAGAAUGAGCCCAAGAUCACUUUCUUCAACCGUGCCAAGGAGCUGCAGAACACUGCUUCCAGCAGCAUGUCGCUUCCAGCCUUGCAAGAGAUGCAGAAGAUUCCGACUCCGGUAUCGUCCAUGAAGGCAUCGGCAUUGCCAGAGUCGGCAUCGCCUGGCCCUUCGACUGUAGCAGCACUGACUACUGCCGAGCCCUCUCCUGGCCAUGCAUUGCCCAGCCCAGCCGAGAUUGCGAUCGCGCAUGCGCAUGUGCCAGCAAGUGUGGCCCCAGAGCCCGAGGCUGACAGCAACUUUCAUGCAACCACAGCCAAGAAGGCCAAGCAGCCUCCUGCGAAGAAGCCUCACAAGGCCGAGCAGAAGACUAAGAAGAUCACAGGUGGGUAUUGGGAGAAUCUUUUGACCACUCUGCAUCGCAGCAGACCUUCAUCUCUUGAUGCCCCAUGGCAGGGUAUACUCUACUGUGACGAAGUCCAUCCCGGCAACCAGUUGCCGGACAGCAGCCGCAAGAUCUGGGCAGUAUAUUUCUCUUGGUUGCAGCUGGGCCAAAAGCUGCUGACAAACGAGAGUCACUGGUUCACACUCAUGGUCUUGAGAACCGACCAGGUGCAGACUUUCCAUGCUGGUAUAGGCCAAUGUGUGCGACUCCUCCUGGAAUUCAUGUUUGCGAAUGAGCACGGAAAUCCACAGCAUGGGAUCACCCUCUGUGGCAAAGAGCAGUCCUUGAGGCUUCAUUGGACACUUGACGUUUUCUUGCAAGAUGGAAGUGCGCAGAAGCAAACUUUCAGCAAUCGCCAAGACAGUGGCAGCCGAGUCUGCAUGCUGUGCCGAAACAUUUUCGCGAUCGGCACUGAGGAGACCUUGGAUGAGGAUCUGACAAUUUCUGCCAGGCAUCUCACCAUGGCAUCUUGCGAGCUUGCAACAGAUGCCAAAUUGCUGCAGAGUUGGGAUCGCCUUGCCCAGCAUUCGCAGUCCGACAACAAGGGGACCUUCAAGAUGAGACAACAAGCUUCUGGCUGGACGUUCUCGGAGGCUGCCCUGCUCAUGCCCCUGCAGCAUUUCCUGGAGACGUACUGUGUUCUCCCUGAAGUCCAGGUGUACAAGGAUGCCUGCAUAUCAUGGUUCAGGUUGCUCGACAUGCUGGUGGUGUCGGCUACGAGCAAGCCCCAACCUGGCCAGGUAUUGGCUGCCUGCGAGCAUGCCAUGAACUUGUCUGUGGCAGCAGGUUGGGGCGACAGGCUGAGACCCAAAUUCCACUGGGCACUCCAUUACGAAGCCUGCCUGAACCGCUUUUCUUGUUUACCUGCUUGUUGGUCCUUGGAGAGGAAGCACAAGGUGGUCCGGAAGUAUGGCUCAGCUUCCACGAACACGAGGCGCUUCGACCAGAGCUUGCUGGAAGAAGUGACAGCAGAGCAUCUUGCAAUUCUUUGCAAGGCUGUCCACUUUCAACCAGCAGCUCAUUUGGUCGAUCCGUACCCUGUGCCUCCUAAGCAGGUGUCGGCGCUGGUAGCUGCCAACAUUAUCACUGCCACUGAGAACUGUUGUUGCAGCAGCCUCUGCCACCUUGCUUCUGGUGCUCCGGUUUCCAAGAAGGACUUUGUGCUCCAUGAGCCCCCUGCCCAUGCUCAGGGACCAAUGAGGUUCUGCUGUGGAAGGGUGGAGCAUCUCCUGCAGGUUGGUGAUGUUGCAGCUGCAGUUGUCUCUGUUUGCACCCCUUUGUCCAUCGACUCAGAUCGUCGAGUGGCGAAAUGGCAACACAAGCCCAGCGACAUGUACAUUAUGGAGGCAGAUGCCAUGAUUUGUAGCACUAUCCACAACCUUAGCGAUGAUCAGGCACGUAGCCCGAAGGCUCCAAACAUGCAGCCCCCAUGGACUCUGCCAUGCAUGCAGCCCUAUAGAUAA